CUCAAAACCUAGCAUUCUCCUCGCGCCGCCACCUCCCCUCCGGCUUUCACGAGGCGAAAGGCGAAACCCUAGCCCUCGAUCCCCUCCUCUCCUCCUGCGAGCAAUGGCGGCGGCGGACACGGCGUACGCGCCGCCGAUGAAGGCCGGUAAGGCGGGGUUCGAGGGGGGCGUGCAGGACGUGCAGCACAGGAUCCGCAUCACCCUCUCCUCGAGGAGCGUCAAGAAUCUCGAGAAAGUCUGCGGCGAUCUGGUGAAGGGAGCCAAGGGUAAGGAGCUCAGGUUGAAGGGCCCCGUGCGGAUGCCCACCAAGGUGCUCAACAUCACCACCAGGAAGUCUCCCUGUGGCGAAGGUACCAACACCUGGGAUCGUUUUGAGAUGCGGUUGCACAAGAGGGUGAUUGAUCUUGUCAGUUCACCGGAUGUUGUCAAGCAGAUCACCUCGAUCACCAUCGAACCAGGCGUGGAGGUUGAAGUGACGAUCAGCGACCCGUAGUAUGCUAGCCCGCAUCAUAAAAACAAAAAUGGACAGUCUCAUUUCAGCAGAUGUUAUACUUCAUUUGUCAUUGAAUUAUGAGAUGUUGGCCAUCUCCUUGCCUUAAUCCAUACUCUGCCUAGUCUGUAUCUUUGCCUCCCGUUUGUCUUGAUUAGUUUACAACUACCUUGAGCUGGGCGUUGUCCUGUCU